GGAGCUCCGGGAAAGACGUGGCUAGGGACAGGGCAGGGACGGGGGACAGGGUCCCUUGGAGGGGUGACCCGGGAGCAGAAACCCCAGCAGGAGAGGAAACAGAGAGAUCAGGUCCCGGGGGGAAAGUGGGAGCCACGCGGCCCCCCAGGGUGGGGGUCCCUGAUCGCCCUUCUCCCUUCGAGAUAGGAGGGAGGAGGGGGUGGCAAGGUCAGGCUGGGACAGCCCCGGAGGUGGGACCCAGCCAGGGUGGGAGACACCCCCUGGAGAAGGGCUAGGUUGGGAUUUGGGGCGGUGGGAGGGGAGGAAUGGAGAAGGGUGAGCCUGGAGGCGCACCCCAGCAGGAGCCACGGUCAACGCAGGCCGGGGAAGCGGUCCCCAAGGACCCUAACUCCAUCCGAUUGACCAAGCGGCGUUGGGCUGUGGUUUUGCUCUUCAGCUGCUACUCCUUGUGCAACGCCUUCCAGUGGAUCCAAUAUGGGGCCAUCAACAACAUCUUCAUGCGCUUCUACGGGGUCUCCUCCUUCGCCAUCGACUGGCUGUCCAUGUGCUACAUGCUCACCUACAUCCCGCUACUCUUCCCCGUGGCCUGGCUGUUGGAGAAGAGGGGCCUCCGCCUCAUCGCCCUGCUGGGCUCUGCCCUCAACUGCCUAGGCGCCUGGGUGAAGGUGGGCAGCCUGAAGCCGCACCUCUUUCCCGUCACCGUGGUGGGGCAGGUCGUCUGCUCGGUCGCUCAGGUCUUCAUUCUGGGGAUGCCCUCCCGCAUCGCCUCCGUCUGGUUUGGUUCGCACGAGGUUUCCACGGCCUGCUCCUUUGCCGUCUUUGGGAACCAGCUUGGCAUUGCCUUGGGGUUCCUGGUCCCUCCUGUCCUGGUGCCUAACAUCGAAGACUUGGAUCAACUUGCUUACCACAUCAGCAUCAUGUUCUUCAUGGUUGGAGGGGUGGCCACCCUGCUCUUCAUCCUCGUCAUCUUUGUAUUCCAAGAGAAGCCUGCACAUCCACCCAGCCGGGCCCAGUCUUUGGUUUACACCUUGGUUCCAGAAGAACAUUCCUACCUGGAGUCUAUCCAACGGCUGUUCAGGAACUUCAACUUUGUCCUGCUGUUGAUCACUUAUGGUUUGAACACAGGCUCUUUCUAUGCCCUAUCUACCUUGCUGAACCGUAUGGUGAUCCUGCACUACCCGGGUGAAGAAGUGAACGCCGGCAGAAUUGGCCUGACCAUCGUCCUUUCGGGAAUGGCUGGGGCCCUGAUCUCAGGCAUCUGGCUGGACAGAACCAAAACCUACAAGCAGACGACCCUGGUGGUUUACAUCAUGUCGCUGGUGGGCAUGGUGGUGUUCACUCUGACCUUGAAUUUGGGGUACCUCUGGGUGGUGUUCCUUACAGCAGGCAUCUUGGGGUUCUUCAUGACUGGCUACCUCCCACUGGGGUUCGAGUUCGCCGCUGAGCUAACGUUCCCAGAGUCUGAAGGAACAUCAUCUGGAAUCCUAAAUGUAUCGGCUCAGGUGUUUGGGAUCAUCUUCACCAUCUGCCAGGGCCAGAUCAUCGAUCACUUUGGAACCAUGGCAGGAAACAUCUUCCUCUGCGUCUUCCUCGGAUUGGGCACCAUCCUCACCGUAUUCAUUAAGGCAGAUCUCCGAAGGCAGAAAGCCAAUGAGGCGUUUAAAGAGAAUAAAUCCCUGGAGGAGCUGGCCAGAUCCAGCAAGGUACCUAUCAUUACGUCAGAAGCAAAGCUUUGAAGGACGAAGGCGGUGGCCGUGGGGUCCCUCUCACCCCACUCCUCCUCCUCCUUCUCCUCCACCAGCACAGCUCUUGAUGCCAGAGUCGUCUUCAUGGGGAUGAUUUUGCAGGGGAACAGCCAUGCCUACUCCAGUAGGGGCCCAGCAGUGUGGCUUAGUGGCUAGAGCACGGCCCUGGGAGUCAGAAGGACCUGGGUUCUAAUCCCGACUU